AUGAUUGAAAUUUUGGCCGACUUCCCACUGUUUCAGGUGGCGAUCGUGUCCAUUGUGAGGCUGGUGGACUCCAUUGGGGAAACGUCCACGUUUCCCUACAUGUACCAUCUAGUCAGGUACGUCACGGCCACUUCAGAUGAGAGCAAGAUCACAGUGUACAUCUCGUAUCUGUCUGCAACCGGAAGUCUCUUCCAUAUCAUCUUCAACCUUUUCUGGGGUUUCCAGGCAGACUAUUGGGGCCGGAAAAACGUUCUGCUCAUUAGCUUGGUCGGACAGGCUGUUUCGUUGCUAAUAGUUGCAAACAGCACGAGCUUCAUCGGUCUGCUUAUUUCAAGAGUCGUUUUUGCCGUCACGAACAACACCCUAUCGACUAUUCGGACAAUCCUCGGAGAAAUUGCUCACGAAAAGCGGCACCAGUCGCUGGCGUUCUCAAUUGUGCCGCUUUUCUACAAUCUUGGGUUCAUGAUUGGGCCUUUUUUGAGCUCUCAGCUCAUCACCAUACCCAGCAACACGGACGAUUUUGGCGAUCGUCCGUUUUUCAGGGCCAAUGUUGUGAUAGCAGCUCUUAUUUUGCUGGUUUGCAUUAUAGCGUUCCUUUUCUUGCAAGAAACACACCAGCAAAUAAGGUAUAGAUCCGAUUUUGGCCUCGCUUUGGGAAAUAGCAUCCGCAGCAAGCUGGGCUUCAGCGAACACACGAUAAAGGAGGAUCCGUUUGAGAUAGAGCUCGACGACGGUCUCCUUAGCGAGCCCGAAACCGAACCAGAAACCGAGCUUGCAACUGAUCCAGCAGCAAAACCCAAAAGCAAAUUUGGACUCAACUCAAAGAUCGUCCAUAUCAUAAUCAGCCAGUGCUUCUUGAUGUCGCACAUUCUGAUUUACUCACAUUUCCUCCCCGUUUUUCUGUCCGCUCCUUUCCAGCCUGAAAGCUUGCAUUUCCCUCUUGGACUGAAGGGCGGUCUGGGCAUGUCAUAUAAACAGGUGGGAACCAUGCUGUCCGUGGGAGGACUGGUCGGGAUCAUAAUGGUCCUUUUCCUAUCUCCUGUAUUGGAGCAAAAAUUUGGCAUAUUGCGAGCAUACCGUCUAGGAGUCUCUGUAUUCACGAUAUCCUAUUUUGUGCUACCGCUUGCGGCAUUUGGCGAGCAAGAUGAUAAUACUUUUGUUUCCACCGUUUUGUCAUACUUUAGCGUGCUGCUGAAGGAAAUUGGAGGAGUCAUAUGUUUUCCGUAUAUCUUCAUUCUUCUGCAUCGUGCUACGCCGCCGGAAAGUGUGUCGUUCCUGAAUGGAGUGGCAAUGAGUGCAAGUGGUCUUGCUUCUUUUGUGGCGCCAUUGAUAGGCGCAAGGGUCCUGGCAUGGACAAAUACACACAGCGUGGCCACCUUGUUCUGGUGGAUGCUGGCUCUCUAUGCUGCGUUUUCUCUCGUUCACACGAUUGCAUUGAAGUGA